CGUCUAAUCUCGUUCAUCUUCCAAUCCCAUCCAGAUAACUAUACAAACUAGUCCUUCUCUCCCUCCCUCACCAAAACGCCACUUGUCGAUUGUCGUUUAGAUCCCAUGGAUCACACGCCUGCUGCGCAACGUCGUCUCAAAGCCAUUCACGCCCACCUCACCGCUACCGCCACCGCCGAUGACUCUCCCUCCCACCUCGAAUCCAACACCACCGCCGGCGAAUUCUUCUCCGAACAAGGGUAUAGUGUUGUACUCCCAGAGAAAUUACAAACAGGAAAGUGGAACGUUUACAGAUCUGUACGAUCUCCUCUGCAGCUGGUGACCAAGUUUCCUAAUCAUCCUGAAAUUGGUACCAUGCAUGAUAAUUUUGUGCGUUCAGUUGACACCUUUCGAGACUACAAAUAUCUGGGAACACGUGUCCGUGUUGAUGGAACUGUUGGGGAGUACAAAUGGAUGACAUAUGGAGAAGCAGGUACGGCCCGGUCAGCAAUAGGUUCUGGUUUGAUUUAUUAUGGAAUCCAAAAGGGCUCCAGUAUUGGGUUGUAUUUUAUUAACAGACCUGAGUGGCUCAUUGUUGAUCAUGCUUGCUCUGCAUACUCAUUUGUAUCAGUGCCUCUGUAUGAUACUCUUGGUCCUGAUGCUGUCAAGUAUAUUGUUAGUCAUGCUGUUGUGCAAGUUAUAUUCUGUGUACCUGAAACAUUAAAUUUAUUGCUGAGCUACUUGUCUGAUAUUCCAACCGUACGUCUAAUUGUGGUAGUUGGAGGUAUGGAUGAUCAAAUUCCAUCAGUUCCUUCAUCAACUGGAGUUCAGGUUAUUACAUAUUCAAAGCUACUUAAUCAGGGACGUAGCAACCUUCAGCCCUUUUGUCCACCAAAACCUGAUGACAUUGCAACCAUUUGCUACACAAGUGGUACAACUGGAACCCCAAAAGGUGCUAUCUUGACCCAUGGAAACUUUAUUGCAAGUGUUGCUGGGAGUACUAUGGACGAGAAAUUCGGCCCUUCUGAUGUUUAUAUAUCCUAUCUCCCUUUGGCACACAUUUAUGAGCGAGCAAACCAGGUCAUGACAGUACAUUUUGGCAUUGCAGUGGGAUUCUACCAGGGGGAUAGUAUGAAAUUAAUGGAUGACAUAGCUGCUCUAAGACCUACUGUCUUUUGUAGUGUUCCUCGGCUAUAUAACAGAAUAUAUGCUGGUAUUACUAAUGCUGUUAAAACAUCUGGUGGUCUGAAGGAGAGACUAUUUAAUGCUGCCUACAAUGCUAAAAGGCAGGCUUUAUUGCAUGGGAAGAACCCAUCUCCAAUGUGGGACAGAUUAGUUUUCAACAAGAUAAAAGAAAAGCUUGGAGGACGAGUUCGGUUUAUGGCAUCAGGUGCCUCACCUUUAUCACCUGAUAUCAUGGAAUUUUUAAAGAUUUGCUUUGGUUGUCGAGUGACUGAAGGAUACGGAAUGACAGAGAGUACUUGUGUUAUAAGCUGCAUCGAUGAGGGUGACAAACUUGGUGGUCAUGUAGGCUCUCCUAAUCUAGCCUGUGAGAUAAAACUAGUGGAUGUUCCAGAAAUGAACUAUACAUCUGAUGAUCAGCCCAAUCCCCGUGGUGAAAUUUGUGUCAGGGGUCCCCUUGUUUUUCGAGGUUAUCACAAAGAUGAAGCCCAGACGAGAGACGUCAUUGAUGAAGACGGAUGGCUACAUACUGGAGAUAUUGGGACAUGGUUACCUGGUGGUCGUCUCAAAAUUAUUGAUAGGAAGAAGAAUAUCUUUAAGUUGGCACAAGGGGAGUACAUUGCUCCUGAGAAGAUUGAAAACGUAUAUGCCAAAUGCAAAUUUGUGGCGCAAUGCUUUGUAUAUGGUGAUAGCCUAAAUGCUUCUUUGGUAGCUGUUGUCUCCGUGGAUCAUGAUAACUUGAAAGCAUGGGCUGCUUCAGAAGGAAUAAUGUAUAAUGAUUUAGCACAACUUUGCAAUGAUCCAAAAGCAAGGGCAGCUGUCUUGGCUGAGAUGGAUGCUGCCGGACGAGAGGCUCAGCUGAGAGGUUUUGAAUUCGUAAAAGCUGUCACUUUGGUGCUCGAACCAUUUACGUUGGAAAAUGGUCUGUUGACUCCGACAUUCAAGGUUAAGAGGCCUCAAGCGAAGGAAUAUUUCGCAAAAGCAAUAUCUGAUAUGUACAGUGAGCUCUCAAGAACUGAUACUUCUCAGAAAACGUUGUGAAAAUUGAGAGUCUCCCCCCCAUCACCAACCACAACAUAAAAGAGAGGUAAAUAAAGACACGCUACUCAUACGCAUCGUAUGCAACAUAGCAGAAGCAUCCAAUGGGAACGAUUUUGCAACUUACUGUUGUAUUGUAUUGAUAAUAAAGAGUUGUGCUAGAACCGGAAUAUGAUUCGUAGCAUUAUUUAUGUAGCCUACGCUCCGUUACGUUCAAGUUGCCUUACGCCAUUUUUAUAAUUUUUUCUUCUGAAUGAUUUUUAAUAUAUUCAUUUCUACACUGAUAAAAAAUAUUCAUAAUCAAUAAUUCAAUAGCUACCCAUUCAAUAGCA